UUUAAAUCAGAAAACAAAAGAAAAAACAGAGCAAGUAGAGUUACGUUGCAACAGUUUUGGAGAUCUCCCAAGUACAAACUGCAAAGAAAAGUCUCUUGUUCUUCUGUUCCCAUCGAAUGAGCAAUACAAAAAACAUCCACAAAGGGUUACUAGAGAGGUUUUUAGAUCUUCUCUUGAUCGCUCUUAUAAUUUUCAUGACUCUAAAAGGCGGCACGAGUGGAGCUUGUGCCGCGUGCAAGUACCAACGUAGACGAUGCGCCGCGGAUUGCCCCCUCGCGCCUUACUUCCCAGCCGAACAACCGAAACUCUUCCAAAACGUUCACAGGCUAUUCGGCGUAAGAAGCAUCGUCAAGAUCCUAGAAAAACUCGACGAAACUCAGAAACCAGAAGCCAUGAAAUCAAUCAUCUUCCAGUCUUAUGUCCGUGACCGUUCUCCUGUAUACGGCUGCCUCGGCGUCACGCAACAGCUUCAAUACAUGAUAUGGCUUGCUGAAGAAGAACUCAAAGCUGUCAAUUCUCAACUACAACUCUAUCGCUCUCAACCACAAAACGGCCAAAAUCAAAAUCAAAACCAUAAUAAUCAUAAUCAGAUGAUUCAUGAGCUUGGUGGUGAUAAUAAGCAGCAAGAAGAUGUUACAUCGCAGCAGCUUGAUUUGGGAAUGGGACUAAACGUUCACAAUAAUCAGAGCAAUGUUGUUACACCAUUCUUUAGUCCAUUAUUACCAGUAUCUGAAACACAACAGCCACAAAUGUCUUACACUUAUAGUUGCAGUGAGGUUAACAACAAUGGCUAUAGUCCUCCUGCUUACAAUACAGAUUCAGGCAAGGAGAUUCUGACCAACAACAAUAAUGUUUGGGGUGGUCAGAAUCGAUUUCUGUAUAACGUCAACAAUGGAGGAGGAUUUAGCAACCAAAACGAGAGCUGUCACGAGAUGAAGAGUAAUAACGGUGUAAUGGCAAUACAAUCACAGCUCGUAAAUCUGCAAAUGGCAUCAAAUCAUCAGCAAGUGGAAGAAGAUGAAGAUGCUCAUGAAUACGAUGAAAUCCAUCAGUUUCUUGAAAUCAUUGACGAUAGGCAAUCAUUUGCGGAUUCUAAAGAAGCGUACGCGUCAAGCUCUGGUGGAUCGUUGAAAGAACAGAUUGAUGAAAUUGGAGAGAAUGAAUUGAGAAGUGCUGCUACUUGCUUUAGUCUAACCAGUAUGAAUUGAAUUGAUUUCUCAAUUCAUGAUUCCUAUUUAUAAAAAGACUUCAGCAAUUCAUGUUCUUCGAAGUUUUGUUUAUUCUAAUCUUUUGUUGACACUUUUUAAUUUCAGCGUUUCUCUGUUUGUUUUUUUAUUUAUUUAUAUAAUAAGUAUCUAUCUCGAAUUUCCUUCUAGGGUUAAUGAGUGAACUUGAAUAUUAGAGCAUCUCCAAUGCCCAUUUCUAUAAUUUCCUCUAUUUUAGAGGCAUAUAAUGGAGCAAAAUCUCCUCUAAAAUAGAGGAAAUUAUAGAGAUGGGCAUUGAAGAUGGUCUAGUGCAACAUAACUCUACUUGCUCAAUUUUUUCUUGGUCUUUUAACGGUUAAUCAAGGGACGUCACUUCUCUGCACAAGAGACAAUCGAUGAAGCUAAAAACCGGCAUGGCUGAGUGAAGAAGAGAGUCACGAGACUAAUGUUAAUGUUGCAUUACCUCCCGAGAUCACUCACAUUACUCAGGUAAUUAGACUUUCACUUCUUUAUGAAACUCUAAAAUGUAAUGUUGAUCUUGUGUUGAACCUGGAAGAAAUCAAGAAACUGGGUGUGGAUCUUGAGAGACAGAUUAGGAGAAGUUGGUUGGGUUGGAGUGAUAAGCUAGGAGGCACGUGAAUAAGCAUAGAAGGCAUGUGAAACAGAGUUAAAACAGAGCAAGAAGAAACAGAUUGUGUAACCGCUUGAGAGUCUAGUGAGUUGUAUAUAAAUAGAGAUAGAAGAGUAUUGAAGAAGUUAUGCAUGUAUUGAUGUGUGUGUAACAAACAUAUGUUUUUUUAAAGGAGAGAUAGGAGAUCUCUUGAACAAAUCUCCAUUGUUAGGAUGCUUGAGUUUGUAUCUUGGAUUGAGAAGUGAUAAGAGAGAAGAGUUCAUAGCUUCAAACCUA